AUGUCUCUUCCUAAUAUCAAUCCUGUGUCUUCCCACUACCACCCUCUCCAUUCCCCACUACCACCCUUUCCCUUCCCUCCUGGCAUCUGCUCUCUUUUCACCAAAUCAUCUACCUUCUCUACUCCCAUCCUCUCCCUUCCCAAAUACCAUCCUCUCCCUUCUCUACUCCCAUCACCUCCCUUCCACACUCUCCUCUGCCCCCAUCAUGUCAUCAUCACCACUCCAUUGCCUUGUCCUCCCUCUGCCCCCAUCAUGUCAUCACCACCACUCCAUUGCCUUCUCCUCCCUCUGUCCCCAUCAUGUCAUCAUCACCACUUCAUUGCCUUGUCCUCCCUCUGUCCCCAUCACGUCAUCAUCACCACUCCAUUGCCUUCUCCUCCCUCUGUCCCCAUCACGUCAUCAUCACUACCCCAUUGCCUUGUCCUCCCUCUGCCCCCAUCAUGUCAUCAUCACCACUCCAUUGCCGUCUCCUCCCUCUGCCCCCAUCACGUCAUCAUCACCACUCCAUUGCCUUCUCCUCCCUCUGCCCCCAUCAUGUCAUCAUCACCACUCCAUUGCCUUGUCCUCCCUCUGCCCCCAUCAUGUCAUCAUCACCACUCCAUUGCCUUCUCCUCCCUCUGCCCCCAUCACGUCAUGAUCACCACUCCAUUGCCUUGUCCUCCCUCUGCCCCCAUCAUGUCAUCAUCACCACUCCAUUGCCUUGUCCUCCCUCUGCCCCCAUCAUGUCAUCAUCACCACUCCAUUGCCUUCUCCUCCCUCUGCCCCCAUCACGUCAUGAUCACCACUCCAUUGCCUUGUCCUCCCUCUGCCCCCAUCAUGUCAUCAUCACCACUCCAUUGCCUUGUCCUCCCUCUGCCCCCAUCAUGUCAUCAUCACCACUCCAUUGCCUUCUCCUCCCUCUGCCCCCAUCAUGUCAUCAUCACCACUCCAUUGCCUUGUCCUCCCUCUGUCCCCAUCACGUCAUCAUCACCACUCCAUUGCCUUCUCCUCCCUCUGCCCCCAUCACGUCAUCACCACUCCAUUGCCUUGUCCUCCCUCUGUCCCCAUUAUGUCAUCAUCACCACUCCAUUGCCUUGUCCUCCCUCUGCCCCCAUCAUGUCAUCAUCACCACUCCAUUGCCUUGUCCUCCCUCUGCCCCCAUCAUGUCAUCACCACCGCUCCAUUGCCUUCUCCUCCCUCUGCCCCCAUCAUGUCAUCAUCACCACUCCAUUGCCUUGUCCUCCCUCUGCCCCCAUCAUGUCAUCAUCACCACUCCAUUGCCUUGUCCUCCCUCUGCCCCCAUCAUGUCAUCAUCACCACUCCAUUGCCUUCUCCUCCCUCUGCCCCCAUCAUGUCAUCAUCACCACUCCAUUGCCUUCUCCUCCCUCUGCCCCCAUCACGUCAUCACCACUCCAUUGCCUUGUCCUCCCUCUGCCCCCAUCAUGUCAUCAUCACCACUCCAUUGCCUUCUCCUCCCUCUGCCCCCAUCACGUCAUCAUCACCACUCCAUUGCCUUGUCCUCCCUCUGCCCCCAUCAUGUCAUCAUCACCACUCCAUUGCCUUGUCCUCCCUCUGCCCCCAUCAUGUCAUCAUCACCACUCCAUUGCCUUCUCCUCCCUCUGCCCCCAUCAUGUCAUCAUCACCACUCCAUUGCCUUGUCCUCCCUCUGUCCCCAUCACGUCAUCAUCACCACUCCAUUGCCUUCUCCUCCCUCUGCCCCCAUCACGUCAUCACCACUCCAUUGCCUUGUCCUCCCUCUGCCCCCAUUAUGUCAUCAUCACCACUCCAUUGCCUUGUCCUCCCUCUGCCCCCAUCAUGUCAUCAUCACCACUCCAUUGCCUUGUCCUCCCUCUGCCCCCAUCAUGUCAUCACCACCGCCCAUUGCCUUCUCCUCCCUCUGCCCCCAUCAUGUCAUCAUCACCACUCCAUUGCCUUGUCCUCCCUCUGCCCCCAUCAUGUCAUCAUCACCACUCCAUUGCCUUGUCCUCCCUCUGCCCCCAUCAUGUCAUCAUCACCACUCCAUUGCCUUCUCCUCCCUCUGCCCCCAUCAUGUCAUCAUCACCACUCCAUUGCCUUGUCCUCCCUCUGCCCCCCUCAUGUCAUCACCACGCCAUUGCCUUCUCCUCCCUCUGCCCCCAUCAUGUCAUCAUCACCACUCCAUUGCCUUGUCCUCCCUCUGCCCCCAUCAUGUCAUCAUCACCACUCCAUUGCCUUGUCCUCCCUCUGCCCCCAUCAUGUCAUCACCACCACUCCAUUGCCUUCUCCUCCCUCUGCCCCCAUCAUGUCAUCAUCACCACUCCAUUGCCUUGUCCUCCCUCUUCCCCCCUCAUGUCAUCACCACGCCAUUGCCUUCUCCUCCCUCUGCCCCCAUCAUGUCAUCAUCACCACUUCAUUGCCUUGUCCUCCCUCUGUCCCCAUCACGUCAUCAUCACCUCUCCAUUGCCUUGUCCUCCCUCUGCCCCCAUCAUGUCAUCACCUCUCCAUUGCCUCAUCCUCCCUCUGCCCCCAUCAUGUCAUCAUCACCACUCCAUUGCCUUGUCCUCCCUCUGUCCCCAUCACGUCAUCACCACUCCAUUGCCUUCUCCUCCCUCUGCCCCAUCAUGUCAUCACCACUCCAUUGCCUUGUCCUCCCUCUGCCCCCAUCAUGUCAUCAUCACCACUCCAUUGCCUUGUCCUCCCACUGUCCCCAUCACGUCAUCACCACUCCAUCGCCUUCUCCUCCCUCUGCCCCAUCACGUCAUCACCACUCCAUUGCCUUCUCCUCCCUCUGCCCCAUCAUGUCAUCACCACUCCAUUGCCUUGUCCUCCCUCUGCCCCCAUCAUGUCAUCAUCACCUCUCCAUUGCCUUGUCCUCCCUCUGUCCCCAUCACGUCAUCACCACUCCAUUGCCUUCUCCUCCCUCUGCCCCAUCACGUCAUCACCACUCCAUUGCCUUCUCCUCCCUCUGCCCCAUCACGUCAUCACCACUCCAUUGCCUUCUCCUCCCUCUGCCCCUCACCAGGUCCAGAACAAACCCGGAGACAGGAAAGUAUUUAG